UUGCGGGAGUAAACAAGCGGAAGUGAAAGUAAAAGUGCUUCCGGGUUCGUGAGGGCGUCUUUCUCAAGAUGAGUUCUCCGAACUUUAAUAAACUCCUGCUGGACAUUUCGAACCAGCUGUCCGGGGACCAUCUGGCCCAGCUGAAGUUCCUGGUCCGGGAGCAGGUCGGGAAGAAGGACCUGGAGCGGGUCACCAGCGGGCUGGUGCUCUUCCAGAUCCUGACCGAGAGGGAGCUGCUGGCGGCCGGCAGGACCGACUACCUGGCCGGCCUCCUGCGGGACAUCCACCGGGACGACCUGUCCGACAGACUGACUGACAGCGGGCCCGACGACCCGGAGCCCGACCCGGAGGCAGCCAAACUGGACGCCGCCGCCCCGGUGGUGGCGGAGAACCUGGGCCGGUCGUGGCGGAAGCUGGGCCGCCGGCUGGGCCUGAGCGAGGCCCGGCUGGAGUCGGUGGCCGGGAGGCAUCCGUCGGACCUGGAGGAGGCGGCGGUGGAGCUGCUGAAGGAGUGGAGGAGGACCGGAGCGGGCCGGGUCCAGAUCCAGGACCUGAUCCAGGCUCUGAGGGCCUGCCAGUUCAACCUGACUGCUGACAGGGUGGAGGACAGGCUGAAGGAACUCGGCCUCUGCUGACCCAGAACCCGUCAGGUGGACCUCAGUCCGCAGUGCGAUUCGUGGUGAUUUAUAUUCAAAUCUAUGGAAAAUAAAAUCAUGUCAUGAAGUUUGAUGGAGUACCAGAUGUGUUAAAGACUGAGGAAACCGAACCGCUGUGCUGCUCCAGCCCUCUUCAGCAGAGGCACUGAGGCCUGGGUUCUUGGUUCUGGACCAGGACCGUCUCCUGUGGAUUCCCCUCAGCAGAGAGUCGGCCGGUUGGGGAACGUCUCCGAUCAGUGGUUCUCCAUCAUACGGCGUCCUCCCAAAUGGACGACACAUCUGAGACAUGAGCUCCAAGUGUCUCAGGGGACUUUCAGGUUCUGGUCUGUGGCUCUGCAGCCAGCAGAACCCAGAGUGUUUUUAUCAGCUGGAGAAUGUUCCAGCAUCUCCACGAGACGCUGCUCAGAGAGCCAACGCUCCUCCGACGGCCGGAGCCCCGCCCCGCCCGGCGCCACGUCCCGGUGCUGAGCACCGGUCAGCUGCCGGUGUUCCGAAUUAACUGGUUUCCGUGUUAACUUGUGACCAACAGAUGUUGAAAACCGACUGAAACUUGUGGUUCCAGUGAACGUCAGCUUUCUACAGUUCCAGCAAAUUCAUAAGUUUUGUCUUUUGUGAGUCUUAUUUCAACAUCUGCUGUUUCCAGCAUGCGUUUACAGAAAUCCGUCACUCGUUACCAUGGGAACCAGUUCAUCCAUCACACCGGGCGGCGGUCUUCUGGUAGUCUACCACCAAGCUCUUUCAACAACUGGCUCCAUCUCUCCUCUUCAGUGUUUGUUCUCUCAGAGUUUUUUAUUAAAAUGUGUUUCUCAGCUACA